AUUCAGGUUUCUCAGCGAACCGUGAGAGGGCAACAAGAACGUCGUUUCUGAACAUCCACAACUAACCACCGUUUCAACGAGCAUGCCUCCCUGUCCCAUGAUCUUGCUCUUCUCCUUCAUAAGUGUUUUGAGUUAUUUGGCUUGUGGUCAACAGCGCUUUCAACAAAAUAGAGGAUAUGCUGUUAUUCCUCUGCUUAAAAGGUCUUAUGGUCAAAAUAACAAAGAAGAGCGAGAUUCAAUCAAAGUUCGGUUUCGGAUUCCUCUUUUCUUCCAGGAUGGCAAAGUUCAAGUUGGUGAAAUACGAAAAAUCCAAAAUGACCAGUUCACAAGCUCAAUCCCCCAUAAUCAGUUUGAUUUUUCAAUUUACCAACCUAAAGAAACGUCUGCUUUUACUUUUCCGCCGUUACUUGUUUCACAGAAUCAUUUCGAGACAAGAGAAAAUUCUCGAAGUGUAGUUUCCGAACAAGACAAUUUGUUUUACAACCAUUCACAUUACAGAAGCAGUGGGGCUGGUUUUCCAGAUCAUAACCAACCUACAGAAAAUAUGAGUUUUUAUAAAGUUAGUACUGAGACCCAGGCUCCGCCAACCCAGCAGAGAAGAAACUAUAGGAUUGACUUUUCCACAGAGCAAAACAAUGAGCAGAAAUAUUCAUCUCAAUCACCUAAUGACAAUUAUCAAUUGAGAACCGGCCAACAAAAGCAUUUCGACUCAUUAGCAGAAAGUCAUACUAAUGAACCGUUGGUUAACCAGGGUCGAACUUAUUCCACUGUCUCUAAUUAUUCUAAAUAUCCAAAGUUUGCUAGUGAUCUCAGUAGCAGAUUAGCAGAUAUUAAACAGUUGAUUUAUAAUUCUCAAAGAGAUCCGGAACGUGGCCACCUGACGGGCAAUACAAACAAUUCAAAUAAUAAAGAUCAUUCAGUCUUUUUCUCACAGCAUGUUCCUGUUGAAGAAUCAAUUAUGCAUCCAAUUAAAGAUCUUCCUGCCUGCACAAACAACAUUCUUGGCUAUUGCCCUUUCCAAACAGAGUACCCGAGUGACCUGAGCAAUGUCGUUAGAAAACGGCAUUCGUACAAGCUGAAAACAAUGCUGGAAGAGUUGCACACAGUUUCGGAUGGUAUUGGAAAUUAUGGUUAUAGUGCCUCUAGCGGAGGAUUAUAUAUCUGUCCGUCCGAAGUUCGUGAACUACAGCCAGGAUGGGCCAAAAACAUUAGUGGAAACUGGGUAACAAUUUUUAACUCUGAACAUAUUCCGCAAAAAGUUCGGGUUGAAGUCUGCAAGAGAGAGGGCGCUAACUGUCCAUAUGUCAGACAGGAUGUUUACUCUGAGUGCAGACAAAGGUUCUCCCUUCAUCGGUUGGUAGCGUUUGAUCCUUUUCAUCCUCACACAGGUCCCUUUGUUGGUGUCUUCAGACUUCCCUCAUGUUGUUCGUGUUGGAUUGGAUAUGGACGUGGAUAAAAAUAUUAUAAUAUUAAAAAAAAACAAAGAUGUCGGAGCUUUCUGAUAUCUCGUGAAAUAUCUUGCAAUAUGGUGAAGGUAAAAAUAUUUGGAGUUGCAAGUGAUUUCGUAUUGAUGAUGCAGAUUUAUAAUAUGUGAGUGAAGUUUAAGGAAAUAAACUCAAAAUAUGGAUUGUCAUCCACUUAUCGUCUUCUAGUAAGGAUACCAUUGUCUGAUAACGGC